UUACAAAAUGACAACAAAUAUGACAUGUUGCCGUGAAUGUUUACGUUUUUGGAUUUAUUUUACUUUUGUCUUUUUUUAGGCUAUAUUUUUACGAUUUAUUAUCAGAGAAUUUAUCCCAACAAAUACAAUAUAAAUUAGAAAUGGAUUACGAUAAAGAAGUCGAACGAUAUGUUGGAUUUCAGGGUACUCGAGAUUGUUCAAAUAUGAGGUUGUUUUCUUCAGUAACACCUGGUAGAUUAAAAGCAAGUCAGAAAUGUGCUUUAAAGCGACCAUCCUCAGCAUGUGCUGUCAGUAGUCCUGAAAGAAAUUACCGGUUAAAGUCAGAUAAACUUGAGUGUCAUACUCCUUGUUUAAAAUCAAAGAGAAGAACUCCUAUAUCAUCAAGAAAAAAUAAAAGAACACCUAUAUCGAAAAUACAGACUCCUAAAACACCAAAAACAAGUGAUAGGUUUAUUCCUCCUAGGGAAUCAAUGAACUUUGCAGCCAGUCAUUACAAAAUUUUACAUGGCCUUUUUAACAACGAGAAUGAUGCAAGUCAUGAUGUAUCCAAACAAAAAUUUGAGAAGGGUAUGCAGGAAAAUUUGACAAAAAUAUUGGGAGACUCAAAUACUCGUAUAUUGACAUAUCAAUCAAGACUUGGAACACCUUUAAAAGGUAAUUGUUCUCCAGUUAAAGGUGUUUCAGAUAUAUCAUCCUGUAAAAAAUUAACCCGUAAAAUCCCAGUUGUUCCAGAAAGAGUUUUAGAUGCACCAAAUUAUGUAGAUGAUUAUUAUUUGAACCUCUUACAUUGGAGUUCCAGCGUUGAUCUAUUAGCUGUAGCAUUAGACAAUUCUGUGUAUGUUUGGACUCCCAGUACAGGAGAUAUCAACCAUUUGUGUGAGCUUCCUGAACCAGAGAGUUAUGUUACAUCAGUACAAUGGGCAGAGGAAGGUUGUCACUUAGCCAUAGGCACAGUCAAUGGUACAGUACAGCUCUGGGAUGUUGAACACAAAAAGAGAUUACGUCAGAUGUCAGGUCAUGCUGCAAGAGUGUCUUGUUUGUCAUGGAAUGCUCAUCUUCUAAGCAGUGGAAGCAGAAGUGGUGAGAUUCAUAAUCAUGAUGUGCGCAUCGCUGAACACCAUAUUGGCUCAUAUUUGUCUCACUCUCAGGAAGUUUGUGGUUUGUUGUGGUCACCCAGUGGGCGGUAUCUGGCAAGUGGUUCAAACAACAACAAACUUAUGAUUUGGGAUCACAAUGAUAUAAGUCAAUCUUUGCAAUCUCCCUUUGCUCCAGUCCAUUGUUUCACUAAGCACAAAGCUGCUGUGAAGGCACUUGCUUGGUGUCCAUGGCAAAAUCACGUUCUUGCCAGUGGAGGAGGCUCCGCAGAUAAAACUAUCUGUUUUUGGAAUAUCAAUUCGGGGCAUUGUUUGAAUACUAUAGAUACAGGAUCACAGGUGUCGUCGUUGCUAUGGAGUGAUGCGCACAAAGAACUUAUUAGCGGUCACGGUUACCCUGACAACCAGUUGUCGAUAUGGCAGUACCCGUCGAUGACGAAAAAAGCUGAUUUACUUGGACACACGAGUCGCGUGCUACAAAUGACAAUGUCACCGGACAAAAGUCGCGUCAUGUCGUCGGCGGGUGACGAAACUCUCAGGCUGUGGCAUUGUUUUGAGUUAACAAAAGAGAAAAAAAUAAGGAAGAAGAGAAACGAUGUCGGAGGUCUGUUAUCGUUGACGAGUAUCAGGUGAUAACAGAACACAAAAUAGUUUAGUUUUUUAAAAAAGUGAGUCUAUUUUUUGCUAUACAACUCAGAAAGAGUACAUUUCUUGAUGGGAUUUUGAAAAAUUUUCGCUGCGCUAUUGCAAGAAUUUAUCUUAUUAAUAGGGAAAAAUAGUCUUGAUUUAGUUUCCACAAAAAUAAACAACAUGGGGUUGCAAUGUUUAAUAUACAGGAGUUCUUAUUCUUUUUCAGUCCUCCCCUCCCCCUUGGUGCGGGGUAAAUAACUUUUCAAAAUAUUCGUUAUUUAAAUUUAACUCUGCUAUAAAUGGCAAAAUCUGAUUUAAUGUGCUGUUCUAAUGGCAAAAUUCGAAGCAUCAGUUAAUCCUCCUUUACGCUUUCUUUAAAAAAUAGAGGUUUUAUUUUCCAUGUGAAAAUACAUAUAUUUAUACAAACACAUUCUUACAGGUACAGAAAGGCAGUUUUAUGAUAAAUCUUUUAAUUUUUUUAAACCAUUUUCUUAUCUUUUGUGUAUUGUGAUGUCAUAUCUUGCAAAUAUUUUACAUACUAGGAAUCUAUAUUUUUUACAUUUAUCGCUUCAGUAAAUUUUAAGUUGGGCGUCUACAAUUCCGGACAUAUUUUUUGCAAAAUGCCAUUUUUUGGCUAUUUUUGAAAUUGCCAAACGGCCACACUUGGCCAGAAGCUCCAAAUCUUUGCUUUGGCUGGUACGUAGGCCCAGUAACCAACAUCGAAAAUAUGUACUAUCUGCGAUGUCCAUAGUAUGGGGUAAUCCGCCUCACGACCCGAAAAGGUCCGGAAAAUUGUGGAACACAAGCGUGCUGACGUUAGCAAACAUUUGUACCCUUAAUGUCACAUAGUACCAAAGAUCCGAAGUCAAGUCCGCUGUGAACAUCGACAAGUAAACUUUUGACGGGGUUCAGGGUGCGUGUUACUUACAUAGAAACAGCUCUCUCAAUUGCUUGUGGUUACAAGUUUUGAAACCUCGCCCACCUUUGCAGUAAAUUAUAUCCGGAAUUGUAGGCCACGGUUUUUAUUAAUAGUCGUGGUUGCACGUGCAAUGUCAUAGCUUCGUAAAAAAUCGUUUCAAACAUUUGCUGAUUUUCUAAACAAGUUUUUCUUGUUUAAUGAGAUUUUCCAAAAACAGUUUUCACAUGCUGUGACCAUGACAUUUUUAAAAGUAUCUGGUGUAAACAUACCUUUAUCAGGUACAAAGCGUGCGAUAAUUUAUGCAACGACAAUUGGGCAAACCUUUUCUGCAGGCAUGAAUUUAGGGAAUUAAAAUUAUUUUAGUUUUUUUUUUUUUUUACUUUCCACUUUUUCAACAUUUUCAAUCUGCCAAUGUGUUUUCUACCAUUUUUCUUCUCAGUCUCGGCAAGUAAUCAACCUUGUUCUCAGACCUUUUUGUAGAAGAAUAUAAGGAGAUUGGAACUAGGUUGCUUUUAUAAGGUUUUACGGACUGUAUUUGCGAUUUUGUUGUUAUUUAAAUUUGUUUAUAUCUCACCUUGUGUAUAACUGUAUAUUUUGAUUCUCUCAAAUAGAGAACAUCAAAAAAGCAUUUUUUUUCUUGUUAACAAUCCCAACCUUGGAAAUUGUCCGGUACCGUGUGUAAAAAUUCAGUUUAUUUGUUUUUUUGUUUUUUUUGUCUGGUGCACCAACAUAAUUUGCUAUGUCAGCGGAUUUUAAAACUCGUCACGAAGUUCCAUAAAAGGUUAAUCUGGCAAGAGCAAGGCAAGUUAUAUUGGCUUGUUCAAAACACAAGUUUGCAAUUUCUAACUAAUAAACGUUAAAGUCCAGGGAGCCCACUUUGUCAGGAAUAUCAUCAAGAAUUUUGAAAAUAUAUGUCAAGAAAAUUUGAUCUUCUUAUAAAAUGUCACGAUUUUAAAUCCUUCACAAGUCCCUGUAAUGCAUAUGCUUUUCAAUGUCAUUUUUUUAUUUUUAACUUGUAUUUGAUUCAUCAUUUGUUUCAUGUACAUUGUAUAUUUUCUUCCGUACAUUGCAUAUUUCCUUCUCGUACAUUGCAUAUUUUCUUCUCCCCUUUUAUCUA